UUGGAAGAACCAGCAAUGCAGGUCCUGAAUAAAUCCUAUCCCAGAAACUGCCUGCUCACUGUUAUGGACAGGUAUUCAGCCACCGUGAGGAACAUGGAGCAGGUGGUCAUGAUUCCCAGCCUCCUGAGGGACAUGGUCCUAGAAGACCCCACAAAUGAGACAGGUAUCCACGAUCUCUACAGCUCCUAUACCAUGCUCAAGUCCAUCCGAGUGGAUGUGGACAAUGGGCUUCUGCCCAAGGAAGAGUGGAAGGCCAAGAUCACUGACUCAGAUGAGGAGGAAGAGGAAGAUGAAGAGAAGAGAGGGGAGGAGCUGGACCUGGAAGCUCAGUUUCAUCUUCACUUCUCCAGUCUCCAUCACAUCCUCACCCAUUUGACCCUGAAGGCCAAUGAAGUGACAAAGAAAUACGAAGAAAUAACUGGACUGACGUUGUAGAUCCCAGUAUCCUGCUCUCUGUUAGACUUCUCCACAACUUGUUUGGCUGAAGACAGCAGCCCCAGGCAUGAACAAUAAAAGGCUCACGGGCACUGUGCCAGGACGCUUGCUGGGGGCUGCAGAGAAGACUACUCGGUCAAGUGUGCUGCUUCCCUGGCUACCCAUCUGGGACAUUCCUCACUACCAUAUCUGCCAGGAACCAGAAGAUCCUUGUCAACACUUUUGAAGACCAACUCCAAGCCUGACUCCCCCGGGUCAAGUUAGUGGGGUUGGUGGGGGGUUUGCAGGGGACAGGAAGAGACCCUUUCAUCUUUAUUUUGCCUGAAGCUGCUUUUUCUCCCAUCCUACUUAUGUCCUCUAGCUUUUGCCUCUCAUGUACUUCCUGAUGGUGACUACCUUGAGGUUAAAAGUGGUAGGAUUUCCUUAAGGUAAAGAGUCAGGAGAGCCUGCCAGCCCCACUCCCGCCUCCCCCCUCCCAGAACCACCGAUGAUCUGUAUUAAAGAGUUUAUGAACCACAUCUUCCUACCUUUGUGUGCGAAACCCUCCAGCAGAGCAACAUGUCUGGGUCAAUUUGGGGGAAUGUUAUACUUUUCUUGGUUUGAAUCUUCAUUCAUAAAUUUGGGGACCCCCUACCUUCUAGAAAAAACAUAUUUCUCUCCUCUCAGAAGGUGGAUUACAGAUAUGGAAUGCUGUAUACAGCGAGUCACAGUUGAUAAGUGUUUGUUUUGCCGAAGUGUUUUUUUUUUUUGUUUGUUUGUUUGAAGGAGGAGUCGGGGAAGGGAGGAAAUGUCACAAGCCAGAG